UUGCAGUUUGCAGUACAGGCGGGAGGCUGGGGUGGUGAAGGGGGGCAGGAAAUGAGUGUUGCUUGCCCCUUAAUAGGCUGGCUUUGGUAUAUCCUGACGUCAGGGUGUUCCUGCAUCAGGGCAUGCAUCUGAUAACACCAUCACUGGAGGAUUACAGAGAUCUGAGUGUGGCGAGGAGAAAUUCCCCUGCAGUCCUCCAGCAGCAGCAGCCGCCAUCUGUCUAGCUGAUCCCAAACAUUUAGCAACCCCACAUUCUUCCCAGUGGUGUCCUCUGCAGCCGCCUGGCCAUUGUCUACCAUGUCUGUAGCGGGGCUGAAAAAACAGUUCCACAAAGCCACCCAGAAAGUGAGUGAGAAGGUUGGAGGGGCUGAAGGUACAAAGCUAGAUGAGGACUUUAAAGAAAUGGAGAGGAAAGUUGAUGUUACCAGUAGGGCUGUCAUGGAAAUCAUGACCAAGUCAAUAGAGUAUCUCCAACCUAAUCCAGCUUCACGAGCUAAACUCAGCAUGAUAAACACAAUGUCAAAGAUUCGAGGACAAGAAAAGGGACCUGGAUACCCUCAAGCUGAAGCUUUGUUAUCAGAAGCAAUGCUAAAGUUUGGGAGAGAAAUCGGAGAUGAAUCCAACUUUGGUAAGUUUUUUGGCCCAGCUCUUAUUGAUGUAGGAGAAUCUAUGAGAGAACUUUCUGAUAUCAAAGACUCCUUAGACAUUGAUGUGAAGCAAAACUUCAUAGAUCCACUACAAAACCUGCAUGACAAAGAUUUAAAGGAAAUCCAGCAUCACUUAAAAAAGUUGGAAGGAAGGCGCCUGGACUUUGAUUACAAAAAGAAAAGGCAAGGCAAGAUCACAGAUGAUGAGAUUCGUCAGGCUCUAGAGAAAUUUGAUGAGUCCAAAGAAAUUGCAGAAUCGAGCAUGUUUAACCUUUUGGAAAUGGAUAUUGAACAGGUGAGCCAGCUCUCUGCUCUUGUACAAGCACAGCUGGAGUACCACAAGCAAGCAGUGCAGAUCUUACAGGAAGUCACUGUAAAACUUGAACACAGAAUCAGAGAUGCUUCAAAUCAACCAAGACGAGAAUAUCAGCCCAAACCACGUAUGAGCUUGGAACUUUCACUGGCCACUGAUAACCCUCAACAUAAUGGAGGGAUCUCUCUUGCUGGGACUCCCAAACCAUCAGGUGCUCCCAUGGAUCAGCCAUGUUGUCGGGCACUCUAUGACUUUGAUCCAGAAAAUGAAGGGGAGCUUGGAUUCAAAGAAGGUGACAUCAUCACUCUUACCAAUCAGAUUGAUGAAAAUUGGUAUGAAGGAAUGCUCCAUGGCCAGUCGGGCUUCUUUCCCAUCAAUUAUGUUGAUAUUCUGGUCCCGCUGCCCCACUAAGCUGUCCGACAUAAACAAUUAUUCAGUUUGUACCACUGUUUUUAAAUGCUGCUUACUCCAGAUCACAAGUACAAGUGCAGUGGUUAUAAAUCCGUUACAUUCCAUAAUCAUUUAUAUUUUUUCUUUCAUUCUUUUUUGUUUAUAUGUGUUCUACUUCUGUUAUUGUAUUUCUUUUACGGUCUUAGUGUCCUUUAUAAUGAAUGCAGGUUUAAAAAGUACUUGUCGUGGCAUCCUUGCUUCUACAUGGAUACAGUUCACCGUAGUCUUAAAAUGCCCAAGCGAUAUUGUUAUUUUUAUGCUAACUUCGCUCUUACGAUGUUUUUCCAGAAAUAAAUGUUUACAGAGCAGAAACUGUGCUGUGGCCACAAUACAGAGUUGUUUGCUUGACUUUAUUCAUUAAAUUCUAUUCUCCAAUAUUGUAAAAAACAAAAAAACUAUUGUUAGACAGCCUUCCAUUGUCCCCAUUGUAUGGGGACUUAAUGAAAGUUGCUGUGGUUUAUUUCAAUAUAAAAUGUCGGUUUUAUCAUUCAAAUUAUUUCUUCAUCACAUUUUUACAAGCUGUAAUAGCAAUUCUUUUUCUGCUGCAUGUACAAACGCAACAAACAAUAUUUUCCUAUUUUAGUAGUCUGAAUGUCCAUUACAAGGUAUACUGUAGGAAUUAAUCGAUCCCGGAUGAAGUGGGACCGAAGAAGGUUCUCUGUUAAGAUAUUUUUAUUUCCUGCUUUAAUAUAGUCAAUAUUUUUAGGUUUUUCCUAUGGUUGUAAAAUAGUUCAUCACAUCAUGACGGUUUGCUUUGUGGGAUUGUGUGCUCCCUUCUAUAAAUAAUAUGGAUAUUAGAAGUCACUUUGGGGUACUAUGAUCAUUUAAUGGUCCAGCGCUACAGCUGGAGUACUGUAAUGUAUAUGGUAGGGAUCGCUGAGCUGACAUGUUAAUAUGGAUUGGGAUAUAUUCAUGUAUUAGCAUUAUAUUUGCAAUAUAUCUAAAACACAUAUAUAAUAAUAAGUGUUUAACACUGUUUCCUGUAAUUGUAUCAGGUCAGUGUGUCUCAAAAAUCAUAAUAAAUAUGGAAACAUAGCUGCAUUCCUUACACUUUUUCAAACAAAUAAAUAAAUUGGGAUAAAUUAAGAUCUACUGUACUACACCAAACCUUGCGAGACCAUCCCAGACUCUUCCAGUAACAGCUGCAUUAAUCGGAAUGCUCUGAUAAAUCAGACACCCUUCAGAAUCCUAGGCACGGUCCUGCCAAAAUCUGCUGUAUUGGGACAUCUAUAACUGCCCUAUUGCUUUUUAUAUCAAGACAGACAAUUUGGAUUAUACUGUAGAUCUUAUUCUCUUUAAGGGAGCAGAUUUAUACUAUUGACGUUUUUAGGCAUACAAUGCCUUAAAUCCUAACAUAUUCACCUGCCAUACCUCUUUACAUAAAAGAUUCUGUACCUUGACAAGUCCUGGCAAAGGGCAAAUUGUGUUCCAUUAUGUUUGUUAGAUAUGUCUUCCUCCUACUAAACUAGUUUUAACAUGAUAACAAAAAGUGUAGGUUCAUUGUGCAGAAAAAACAGCCAUUCAGCCUAUGCUGAUUUUCAGGCAUAUAACGCCAUACAUUUAAGAGUGGAACAUUGAUAACAAAAUAAGAUCUGCCUCAAUCCACCUGACCGCAGCUGCAUUUGCUUGAGGCCAUGCCUAUUUCAUUCUCUGUACCAGGAAAUACCACUUAAACAAAGAGUAUGCUCAGGGGCCCCAUAGCAGCGUUUCCAUACCAUUCCUCCACCGUGCACUCCUCAGUGUAAGGUGGGCGCUUACUAGUGGUGGAUCCAGGGUAGGCGAUGAGGGCACCUUAACACACAGUCACAGCCAUGCUCACAAGCUGCAGCUACCUGAGCCAUGGCUAGCCGGCUACAUAGUCAGCUAAAUGAAAUAAUUGUUCCACUAAAAUUGUACCUUAAAGGCAGAUUUAUUGUAAAUUAUAGCCUCCUUAAAUACCAUUUUAUGUCAGUGACCAUUAGGAUUAGGGAGAUUAUAUAAUUUAAAAAAACUAUAUAUUUUGUUUAGUUUAUAAUACUUAUGCUAAUCACCAUUCAUUUUAUAUGAGCUGCAUAUCAACUUAACAAACACAGUGCAAGCAUUAGAUCAUUUACAAUCUUAAUGGUUAAGUGGCAAAAUAAUUAGGAUAUAUUAUGAAUAAUAAAACUGAUAUAGUCUCCCGAAUCCUAAUUGUACAUAAAAUAAUGUGGUAUUUAAGAAGGUUGUAGUUCAUAAUAAAAUAAGCCUAGUAUCAUGGCUCUUGCAGGAGCCAUGGUGAGUGGGUAAUUUGUAGUCAAACAGCCUAUAUGUGGCUGACUCCAGCACGUGACUGUGUUACACCACCACCACCCCUUCUCCUCCUCUAUAGCUCCCAAGCAGCCCCCUGUGGAUCUGUCCCUGUCACAGCCUGCUCCAUCUCUCAGUAUUCAUUUAAAGAUGCUGGGAGGAGAUGUGGUCAUGUUUGUCCAUCCCUAGUUCAUUGCCACACCUCCUCCCAGUAAUAGUGAGGUCGGAGAGAUGAAACAAGCAAGGAGAAGCAGCGGCAGUGUAAUUGGGUACAGAGGGAGGGCCGGAUCCUGGAGGCGGCCAGGUCCUAUAGCAGUCAUAAAAUCCCUGCUCUUUCUAUGGCUAUGCCCUUGAGAAUUGCCUGCACAUUUUUAUUUUAUUUUGUUUUCAUUUGUUUAUGAAAAAGUUUGUUUAUGAUUUGGAGGUACUUUAUUCAUUGCUUUGUUUCCCAUUAGAGUCUACAUGUAAAUGUUUUCUCACAUACCAUGUGCAUUGUUUUUAUUAUAUCAAUACAGGUUGAGUCUCCAUUAUCCAAAAUGCUUGGGACCAGAGGUAUUUUGGGUAUCGGAUUAUUUUGGAAUAAUUGCAUACCAUAAUGAGAUAUCAUGGUGAUGGGACCUAAGUCUAAGCACAGAAGGCAUUUAUGUUUCAUAUACACCUUAUACACACAGCCUGAAGGUCAUUUUAGCCAAUAUUUUUAAUAACUUUGUGCAUUAAACAAAGUGUGUGUACAUUCACACAAUUCAUUAAUGUUUCAUAUACACCUUAUACACACAGCCUGAAGGUCAUUUAAUACAAUAUUUUUAAUAACUUUGUGUAUUAAACAAAGUUUGUGUACAUUGAGCCAUCAGAAAACAAAGGUUUCACUAUCCUCAGUCUCACUCAGAAAAUUCCGUAUUUCCGAAUAUUUGGAUAUGGGAUACUCAACCUGUAUUUGACAGAGUUGGAAUUUGAAUUAAAAAAGAUGCAAUGUUCACAACAUAAAAAUGUAUUUACCACAUUUUGCAUAAAUUCUAAAAUAGCGACUUGGUAAAUAAGCAGGGUCUAUUUUUCUAGACUGCACCUUUUAUAGAGUUGAUUUUACAUUUUUAUUUCUGCAGACUUUCAACUGGCAUCUAAACUCACUGCUUUAUAAUGCCACAACUAUACCAGUCUGCCACUCGGAGUACAGUAUAACAGGCUGUUACACCUGAGUACAGUAUAACAGGCUGUUAUACCCGACUGCAGCAUAACAGGCUGUUACACCCGAGUACAGUAUAACAGGCUGUUAUCCCCGACUGCAGCAUAAUGUUACACCCAGUACAGUAUAACAGGCUGUUACACCCGACUGCAGCAUAACAGGCUGUUACACCCGACUGCAGCAUAACAGGCUGUUACACCCGACGGCAGCAUAACAGGCUGUUACACCCGACUGCAGCAUAACAGGCUGUUACACCCGAGUACAGUAUAACAGGCUGUUACACCCGAGUACAGUAUAACAGGCUGUUUCACCCGACUGCAGCAUAACAGGCUGUUACACCCGACGGCAGCAUAACAGGCUAUUACACCCUACUGCAGCAUAACAGGCUGUUACACCCGACGGCAGCAUAACGGGCUGUUACACCCGACGGCAGCAUAACGGGCUGUUACACCCGAGGGCAGGAUAACGGGCUGUUACACCCGAGGGCAGCAUAACGGGCUGUUACACCCGAGGGCAGCAUAACGGGCUGUUACACCCGAGGGCAGCAUAACAGGCUGUUAUACCUCAGCAUUUGGAUUUUUAUAUUUACUGUGAUCUGUAAAUUUAUAGUUCUAUUUAUUACAAUAGCGUUUCCAUUUUUAGAAAUUUUUAUUUUCAUUUAUUAUUUUCCCCCCGUUAUUAUUCCCUAGCUGCACAUUUAAUCAUUAUAGGUCAGUAGAUACACAUAAAACCUUAAUAAACAUAUACCCCUUUCAGAUCACCUAAAUAACCCGGCUCUUUCCCGGGUUGCUGCUGAGUCGACCCGGGUAGAGGUGCGGUGUGAAUGUGCCAGGUUCAAUAUCCCGGGUCGUCCAACCCGGUAUUUGUUCCCGGGUUAAAAGCAGGGCUGUACACGUGUCGGACCCGUGUUAUUUUGCUCUAAAAAGGUACAGUCCCGGGAUAUUCGACCCGGCUCUGAAGCAAUAGCGCUGAUUGGCUGUUUGUAGUCAGCUGAGGUUUGUUUACAGUACUGCACUGCGAGCACACGUGUCUUAAAGCAAUCUGCACAGCUCAGCACUCGUUAGGACCAGUUCAGCACUUCUUGGACCUCAUUAACAAUGUCAAACUGGGGUGAUGAUGAAGUCAGGGAGUUGCUGCGGAUCAGGGGUGAGGAGGAAAUCCAUUGGCAGAUAACGGGUACAGUCAGGGAUGCGAUAACAUAUCACAGCAUCAUUAAAAUGCUUGUGGCAUCAGGCUUUAUUAGGUCCCAACAGCAGGUGGUCAAUAAGUUGAAUGGGCAAAAACUGGGAACCAAUCAAGUCCUUUGAAAAUGACAUCACACUGGUUUUAACAUGGGUGACUCGGGCUGAGCAAAAAGGCACCAACACUGCAAUAACCCGGGAAUAACCCAGAUCAAUAUUGUGAUGUGAAGUUCUCUUACCCAGGUCGGAGCCGGGUUGGAGCCGUGUUCAAGUCCCGGAUCUGACCCGGGUUUGCGAUGUGAAAGGGGUAUUAACAUCACUGUGGUCACUUGCCUUUACAUAGGGACGCAGGAGUAACCUCAUGUUAAAUAUUAUUAUAAACAGUUGCAUAUAUAGUGUCAGCAUAUUCCCUUGCACUUUACAAUUGGAAACAAAAUGGUAAGAAAACAUGCAGGGUGAAGAAUUAGACUGCUCUGAUUUAGAAUUCUGCUUCUCACCAACAACUGCCUUGUGGCACAGCCUUUUGCACUGAUUCAUUUCAACCAGUCUUUCUUCAUCGGGCCAGGGAAAUGUAUUGGAAAGCCAAAUUAUGUUUUGCUCUGUUUUAACUCCUAAUUUAACAUUUUUUAAUUGAUGUCAGCAGAUUAUUUAUUGUAGAUUCUGAAAGUAUGUAAUCACAAUUCACCAGGUUCAUCUUCCUAAAUAGUUAAUUUAGCAAAUUUGUUCUUUAUAUUUAACUGUAUAGAUGCCUGACAGCAGAUGUGUACUGUGAAGUAUAGUGUGUAUAAGAUUUUCUGUGGCUUCUCCGGUAAUAGUUUUGUCUUUUGAAAACACAGAGGACUGUUUCCCUUACUGCAUAGUAUAAUAGACUUAAGCUGCAAGCAUGACUGGCUCUAUCAGCCAAUGAUGCAGUUUACUAUGCAUUGUGUGCUGCAGUACAGUACCUCUUACUUGUAAUGAACUGUAAGCAAUAUUAUACUGCAUACUUGUAAUCUUCACAAAUACAAGUUUAUCAGAAAUACAAAUACAAGUUUAUUUUUAAUUUGUUAGUUUGUUUUUUGUUUGUUUUUAAGGAAACACAAAUUGUAACGGUCAUGGUUUCCAAAACAGGACAGAAUUUUUUUUUAUAUAUUUUUCACUUUUCACAAAUCAGAAAUUGUUUAUAAUUCACACUGUUUCUUCUAUGUAAAUAAUUCCAAAAUGGUAGAAGUAGCAGUCGGUGAAGGCAAGACAGUGAUAAAUAACUAUCAUUACAAUGCAAUUUCCCAUCUUAUCACCUAAAGCAGUGGUUCUCAAACUCUGUCCUCAGGACCCCAUACAGCUCACGUUUUGCAGGUAACCCAGCAGGUGCACAGGUGUACUUAUUACUCCCUGACCCAUUUUAAAAGAUCCACAGGUGGAGCUAAUUAUUUCACUAGUGAUUCUGUGAGGAGAUGCACUGUGUGGGGUUCUGAGGACCGAGUUUAAGAACCUGUAACCUAAAGCAGUACUUAUAGUAGCUUUCACCUAACAAAUGAACCCUCUAAAUAGGUCAGCAAUUUCUUACAGGACCAUAUAAGUACAGUAGCUUAUGUUAAACAUAUUUUUGGUGCAUGUAUUCUGCCCUCAGUGAGGACAAUAAUUAAACAAGAUGUAUGUGCUGGGCAAUUAAGACUUGUGACUGUAUUUUUAAAAGCUAAAUCAUCACUUUGGUUUUGGUUGUUUCCUUCACCCUUAUUUUGUGUGUACAGUGCUGUGCCUAGCAUUAUUAUUUUGUAACAAAUGUCGCAGUCCUUAGAGUUGGGCUAUUCAGAGUUCUAUUUAUCUAAAGUGUACAGAUUGUCUUUUUUUUUUUUUUUUUUGGGGGGGGGGGGACUAAAUGUGCUGCUUCGGAUGUGCCACUUCAGUACUGGUUUGAUUAACAUGAAGGCAAAGUUUACUGCUUCAUGUGUUAACUACAGUAUAUCACGGAAAGCAUUUACAUUGAACAAUAAACUGUGCUAAAAAUA